AUGGACGAAUUCUACAACGUCCUCACAAAUAAUGUAAACCUUCGGACCUAUAAAAGACCGCUCGUCAUUGAUGAAGAAGAAUAUAGUUUUCCAAAAUUUUGUGCUCUUCCACAAGAAUGCCGUUUGAGAAUUGUCGAAUUAUGCGAUUUGAAGACACGGUUGGCUUUACGAAGAGCUACAAGAGCUUUGAAGGACCUUGAAGAAAAAGCUCCGUACAUCAUUCAGCUUUUCAAGUUUGACGAGCGAAUUCCGCCGCUAUACAUUUGCAAUCAUGAUGAUUAUUCAAGAAGGAUCUUCAUCAGAGUUGGAAUGUGUGAAGGCUUAUUGGAAAUCAAUAUUCACAAAGAAUAUUCCGGAACUAGAGUGGCUCAAAAGCUCAAUAAUGAGCCAUUUCUCGAGGAGUUCAUCACACAGGAUGACUACGGAGUGUUGGGUGCGCGCAUUUUUCAUUAUUUUUUGAGACGCGCCCACAAUCACAUCAACAAUCUUGUACUAGGAAUAGAGAUUGAGAACAGCAUGUUUUCGCUCCUUAAUCUUGAAAGUGUCAUUUGCAAUCGUGUGCACGUUGCGUCGGACAGACUGUUUACCAUGCACAUCAAUCUGAAAAGAUUUAAGGCAAAAGUAUACAGCCUUGAAUAUUCAAAAGAUUGUAUUAAAGCGGAGGAGCUUGAGCAAUACGUGAAGGUGACAAAGUAUUACAAACCUGUGAAGAUUAUUACGACGACUUGUUGUAUACCGGGAGUUUUUCUUACUUCUUUGGACGUGAGGCACCAAAUUUACUUUGUCGAUCAUGUUUCGUCGUAUCAUAUCAACAAGUUGAAAGGAAAAAUUGAGGAAACAAAAGCGGAGAAAGUGAAGCGCGUGGAAAUCUAUCCAAAGUAUGAGUGGCCAUUCACCAAGUAUCAACCGCGCCGUGCUUCCUACGUAAUAAGUUACACCGAAGAAAGUGAGGAACCACCAACGCGUCUUGUAUCAUACAACAGUUGGGAAGCUGAUGGAGUCGAGAUCGGAACAAUGAAAGUAAUCCUUAAAAACGACAAAAAUUGCUACUUGUAUGAAGCUACCAAUUGGUAG